AUGUCAGGGUUGCAAAUGAACAAGCAGAAGACUGAGCUCUUCCAUGUCGGGUUGUCUCAAGAGGAUUCCACUGCUAUCUCAGGUUUUGGGUUUCAAUUUGGCACUCUACCUAUCUGGUACCUUGGCCUCCCUCUCCUUCACCGAAAGUUGCGGAAACAAGAUUACUCUCCUCUCAUGGAUAAGGUAUCAGAAAGGUUUAAUGGCUGGGCAGUUAAGUGUCUCUCCUUUGCAGACCGCCUCCAGUUGGUUUCUUCAGUUAUCUAUGGGCUCAUCAACUUCUGGAUGUCUGCUUUUGCUCUCCCAAAAGGUUGCAUUAAAGCAUUAGAAAAACUCUGCAAUGCUUUCUUGUGGUCCGGAGACAUUACUAAAAGGACAAAUGCUAAAAGUAAUUCAAGUUGGAUAUGGCGCUUCCUGCUUAGUCUAAGGCUGUUGGUUAAGACUAUACUCAGGUGUAAGAUCGGAAAUGGUCAUACUGCAAGCUACUGGUUUGACAAUUGGAACACCCUCGGUAUUCUUAAUGAUGUUCUGGGUAGUAGAAGUCCGCUUCAAUUGGGACUCCCUAUUACAGCCACAGUGGCCGAAGCUUGCAAUCAUAAUGGUUGA